AUAGCUCGUAUUUUUGAGACCUCGUGGAAAGGCUGGAAAAAAUUUUUUUUGUAGCGUCCCACCCACCACGUCAGAGUUUGUGCGGAUUUCGCUGUAUUUGAAGGAUUCAUUCACGAACGUCGUAGAUGCGAGAACAUGCCAGAAUCUAGCAUUGAUAACAGGGAUGUUUUGGAGUGCGUUGAAGCCGGUGGCCGUCGUAAGAAAGCAAGAUUUCCUAAUCAGUGGAGUUCGAGCACAACACCUCACCAGCGAACAUUGGAACUCGAAGGAGUCAUCGAGGUUUUGCGCGAAUACGAUUCAGUCGAAGGCAAUGAUAUAAACUGCUCUAUUUGUGGAAAACUGUAUAAAAGUAAGGUGUGUUUUACAAAGCAUUUAUGGGAACAUAGCGUCUACUGGGAUCUGUUCGAUGCGCUAAAAAAUCAAGAGCGUGUCCUGUCGAUUCAGGCUGCAAUUAUUCUCUCGCAACCAUAUCUGGAAUUUUUGCUCGUAACUUCGCCGACAUCGACAGAAAAGAAGAAAGAAGACCCUAAACCGAAUAGUAUUUUCCGGAAAAAUGCGACAAGAAAAAGGCAACGAGAGUCAUCAACAUGUUCCGUAGACUUCUAAUUUCUUAAAUAUUUUUUCAUAUUAUGUAUAUUAUAUGGUGUGGCAAACGGUUCCACACUUGUUUAUAUCACUUGUAAAAGUGCCUUUGAAUUUAUAAAUAUCUAUAAAUAUAUGAGAAGAGAAGUUAAAAAAGGUGUAAAUGAUCAGUAUUUUGUUGUGGGAAAAAGAUUUAAUUCUUGUAUCAUACACCCACAUUGUGAAUGAUGUUUGUAUUUCAUUUAUUUCCAAAGUGACAAAGCUCGGUAUCUCGAGAUUAAAAAUGAAUUUAUUCUGAAGUUGUUAAAUGCUAAUAAAGUUCAUUGGAUCAAA